AACAGGCCCCUUAUAGUUAUACAUCCAUGGACAGAUAAGUACCGUACCCAUGCAUUGUUUGCUACUCACAGUCCCCUCCCCGUUUCUUCCUAGCUAUGCACUUGGCCAGUACACUUAGCCUUCGACUGCUUGCCCUUGCAGGUGCUCUUGGGCUGUAUGUUCCUGAGCAGCUCCCUCUGAAUAAUGACCUUCGGACUGAGAGUCUACGCUCUCGGCCGUGGAAUGAACGGCUGAGCGGCGAUGCGACUGGGAACCUCGUAUUCCAGUCGCUGGCAUCCUUGAUGCAGAUGCGGCCGAAUUCGAGGUACCCUUACGGUCAUAGCAUUGUUCGCGCUCACAUUCCUCCGGGUACCCUUCUCUACCACGGCCGUGGCAGCAACACGUUCCCCGAGGCAGACUGGAUCGCCUUCGAUCCAGAGCACUCCGAGCACUUCGCGUGGGGAGAAAACGGAACUCUCUUCACUUUCGCCACCACACGCGAUCUAAAGCUCGUGUAUUUCGACGGAUGUAGCGCAAACAAGGCAGAAGGCGUUGUCGAUACUCAGGACAUCCUCAUCUGGGGAGACCUCGGGCACACCGCCGGGAAUGAGCACGGUGGUGAGCAUGAACGUCUGAUCGACGGUUGUGAAUGGGCCAAGGAGUAUGGCGUUGAUGGGUUUGUGCGAAUGGAGAUGGACUUCGAGAUCAUAUAUUGCGACUUCACGCAGGGUCUUGAGCUGGUCUCCGCGCUAAAUUUUAUCAGCACUCCCCGUGGUGGACCCGGGCGGAAGCCGGGUGGUGAGCAGCCGCCAAACGGCGGGCACGGCGGACCCAUGCAUGGCCCUCUGGACGAAGUUAGCGGACCAGGUGGCCCUGCGGACGGGCCUGGUGGUCCUGGCGGCCCACGCGGACCCGGUCGUGGCAGCCCAAGCACUCCCCCAGAGGGCUGGAAAGGCAGCCUCCCCGACACGCAAUCUGUGCUGCUCGCGGGCAGCUGGCACGGACCCUUCCCCGGCGACCUGCGCGUGCGCGUAGAGCCUGCGAGCAUGCUGACCUUCUUCGACCCCGCCUUUACGUCGCUUGUCGAGGGGCGCCGCGAGCUGACACGUGAGCAGUACAGGUUGGCGAAUAUCUCUGGCGCGGACGUCGCCCGCGCGCGCGAAGACAUCUCGGAUAUCUUCUCGCGCGGACCGUAUGAGCGUAGCGGCGUGGACUGGCAGGGCCUCGCACAGACGGUGCAGGAUCGCUUUUCGCAGCGGCUGCCCUAUCUGCGGUACCUCCUGCACCAGCCGACGCAGAACGCGUCUGCUCAGGCGGCAGCAGUCCGCUCGCAGCUGAUCACGUCGCUAAUUCCCUACAUGCCGCGCACGAACGUGGGCGAGCCUGCGUGGUUCGCUGAGACAGCGCGCGGCUGCCGGGCAAGUUUCACGACGCACCUGCCCGUGUCGCGCUUCACCGAGCAGGAGCAUGUACUGCACAACGCGCUGGACGAGGUACUACACGAGAUCUGCCGCGUGCUCGGAAGUGCGUGGAGCGAGGCGUUCGACAUCGAGGAAAAGAGCGCGGACGUUGCGGCCGAGAUGUUGGCGAAAUGGCGGGACAACGUCGACAUGUUGGUUGAGUAGCUACACUGGCCGGUCUGGAUGGACUGUGAGCCCGGGUGUGCCAUCAAUGAAUUCUGCUACGUACCUCAGCCCCGUUUCGGACGUAAACCUGGUGAAGACGUCGACAGCACACCGCGCUGCGUUGAAUGGGCACCAGCGGGUCUAUGACUCGACAUACCCGAUUGUACCCACUGCGAUGGGAUUACUAUGGCGCUGGAGUCCGAGCCAGCGCGAAGUACUGUCACGGUGAAGUGUCACGGUGCGUCUCCUAGUCGACGACUCAUAUCUGAGGUUGUACGAUUGUUACACGUGUAAUGGAUCAACGUCGGGCGUGAUAGGAUAUUGAAUAUUUGCCUGCAUGUACUGAAGGUUAGACGAUACGUAGACAC